ACGAGAUGAUCAGCCCUAGCGCUGCAGCAAAAUGCUGGAUGGACACCUCCUUCUGGGAUGGCUCUCCUCCUGCGCGCUCCUAGUGCUGCUGGGCGGCGCCCCGGGACCCUCCGCCGCCUACUUCGGGCUGACUGGGAAUGAACCUCUGACCAUCCUCCCUCUGACUUCAGAAAUGGAGGAAGCUGCCGUCAAGGCCCAUUAUAAAGUGUGCGACCGCCUGAAGCUGGAGAAGAAGCAGCGCAGGAUGUGCAGGCGGGAUCCAGGGGUGGCAGAGACCCUCGUGGAGGCCAUCAGCAUGAGUGCCCUGGAGUGCCAGUACCAGUUCCGCUUCGAACGGUGGAACUGCACCCUCGAGGGGCGCUACAGAGCCAGUCUGCUGAAGAGAGGUUUUAAGGAAACAGCCUUCCUUUAUGCCAUUUCCUCGGCCGGGCUCACCCACGCCAUGGCCAAGGCCUGCAGCGCUGGGCGCAUGGAGCGCUGCACCUGCGACGAGGCUCCCGAUCUGGAAAACAGAGAGGCCUGGCAGUGGGGCGGUUGCGGUGACAACCUCAAGUACAGCAACAAGUUUGUCAAGGAGUUCCUAGGGAAGAAAUCCAACAAGGACCUGCGAGCCAGGGUGGACUUUCACAACAACCUCGUGGGCAUGAAGGUCAUCAAAGCUGGUGUGGAGACUACUUGUAAGUGCCAUGGCGUGUCCGGAUCCUGCACUGUCCGAACGUGUUGGCGGCAGCUCUCUCCGUUCCAUGAGAUCGGCAAGCAGCUGAAGCAGAAAUAUGAGACGUCACUCAAAGUGGGCAGCACCACCAACGAGGCCACAGGGGAAGGGGACAUCUCGCCACCCAAGAAAUCCACCCCUGGCCACAGCGAUCAAAUCCCAAGGACUACAGAUCUUGUCUACAUUGACGAUUCCCCUAGUUUCUGUCUGAUGAGCAGGUAUUCGCCUGGGACUUCAGGAAGGAAAUGUUACAAGGACAAGAAUUGCGAGAGCAUUUGCUGCGGCCGAGGUCACAACACACAGAGCAGGGUGGUCACACGGCCGUGCCAGUGCCAGGUUCGCUGGUGCUGCUACGUAGAGUGCAAGCAGUGUACUCAAAGAGAAGAAGUUUAUACCUGCAAAGACUAAUGCAUGCUCUGCCUAAUGGAGAUCCUCGGUGGUGGGAGAUUAUGAUCUAUGAGAACUACACAUGGAGACAAACAGGGUUUGACUGACAUUCUAGGAUCUGAAAGCUAUGUUGAGACAUAAGCACUUUGUAGGGUACAGGUGACCCAGCUGUGUUGCUGUUCUUUUGUUUUUUUUUCUGUAGACUGAAUUUUAACCAUGAGGUCCAACCGUGUGGAAAUAAGUGCCUGUCCUAUUGGGGUUAGGUACCAGUAGACCCUCACCAAAGCCGUCCAUGAACCCAUCAGCUUGAUAGAUCACUCACUUAUCUUGAGGUUUUGAUUAUUUCACCAAAACUCCUGGAAAUCUACCUGACUGUCCAGACAGCCACGCAAAUGAACGAGAUAAACUGACUUAGGAUCUUUUUGCCUUGAAACGUUGUGGUCAAGGUAAUUGUGGUGCCCUAAAGAUAGGGGGUGGGUUAAGCGUAGAGAGUACCAAUUGUUCCUCUAGUGGAAUUUCUGCAGAUCUAGCAUAAAAAGCUCUGACCAAGAGCUACCCUCAAAAGUGGGUCUAUCCGUGUCCUUUUUUU